ACAUGUCAUUGAUACGUACAAAAACAAGCACAAGGUAUAGUCGCAUGUGAUAAAGUUGGACUAGCGUUUGUGCAUGUUGGCUUACGGUUUAGGUUGAAUAUUUCCAGCAUUUAGAAGAAAAUCAACCCACCAGUACUUUUGAAUAUUAAAGUUAGUGUGUUCAGUGUGAUCUUGAGAACAUAUUGAGCUGCAGACAUGUGGAUUCAAGUCCGUUCGUUUGAUGGUCAAAAGUCCAUCCGCGUCGACGACUUGUCCAAGUUGACGAAAAUCGAGGAGCUGCGACCGAAACUGGUGGCUCCGUUUGACGCCCCUGAAGAACGACAGCGUCUGUUUUAUCGAGGAAAACAGUUGGUGGAUGGACAGACAUUGUUCGACUACAACGUUGGCCGAAAUGACAUCAUUCAGAUUAUGAUCAAAGCAGCCUCUGUGGCUACACCAGCUACCACAUCUGAUGGGGAGCCAGCUAGCCGUAGCAAACCAGACAGUGGGUUUGUGUCGGAGACCAGUGAUUCCGAACAUUCCACUGUUGGCAGCAACUUGAGCGACGCAUGUAAUGAUGAUGAUAAGCCGUCCACCAGCAGACAAGACCAAUUUACGGGCACCUAUCAGGUUGGUGAUUUGAUUGACGCUUUGGACUUGAGCAUCGGAGCCUGGUUUGAAGCCGAUAUUGUCAAGGUUACCCAGGCCGUGACGACCGAAGAAGCACAACCCAACAACUCAGCCUGCAAAGACGACGUUGCUAAAGACUCUGACGUGGAUGCUAACCACAAUAUCAAAGACGUCUCUGUCAAUGGCCAUGACGCUGAGAAAACCACCACAGAAACUAACGGGAGGUUGCAGGGCUUUCAAGAAGAUGAUGUUGUCGCCAUGGAAACAGGAGAACUAGUGAACGGGAAGGAUGCCGUUCCGGUCGUUAAUGGUGUUAGUGACGCUCUUGCCACAGACAUUCAGGAAGACCCUUCGGUCAAGCCAGCCAUCUCGGACAGCGCAGUAUGUGAUGGUAAAACAUCCACAAAAGAGCAGACUUCUACAGAUGCCGGCAGCGACGGAUUUAUCUAUCACGUGAAAUUUGAAGGGUAUGAAGAUCAAGGUAUACUGGAGCUACCUAGUAAGUACCUGAGGCCGCGCGCCCGCACCAUGAUUGAUUACGAUGACGUCAAUGUCCACGAUGUUGUCAUGGUCAACUACAACCCCGACGAACCCAAGGAAAGGGGAUUCUGGUACGAUGUAGAGGUCACUGACAAGAAAAUGACAAGAACUUACAAGGAGCUGAUCGGCAGCAUAAGACUCGGGAUCGACGCUGACGUACUGAAGGACUGCCGCAUCCGACUGACGGACGAAAUCUUCAAGAUUGAGAAACCCGGAGAGGUGACGUGCGACCCCGCAUUACUCACCGGAGAAAACUCACCUGUGAAAAGAUCCAACAAGGCGGAAUGUGCGUACUGCAAGGACAACCCGCGGCGUAAAUGUAAGCACUGCGCGUGCCACGUGUGUGGCGGUAAGGACGACCCGGACAGACAACUCCUGUGUGAUGAAUGUGAUAUGGCCUUCCAUCUUGUCUGCCUGGACCCGCCGCUGGCUGAAAUCCCCGAUGUCGAAGAGUGGUAUUGCCCCCUGUGCAAGAACGAUGCAUCUCAAGUUGUCAUGGCCGGAGAGAAACUCAAACACAGCAAGAAGAAAGCCAAGAUGGCGUCGCAAAAAAACGACUGCAAACGGGACUGGGGAAAGGGAAUGGCUUGCCAAGGACGCACCAAGGUUUGCACCAUCGUCCCACCCAAUCACUUUGGAGAGAUUCCUGGUAUCCACGUCGGCCAAUCCUGGAAGUUUAGAGUCCAGGUGAGUGAGGCAGGAGUGCAUCGCCCUCAUGUGGCCGGUAUCCAUGGCAGGGAAGAUGAAGGAGCCUACUCCAUCGUCUUGGCAGGAGGCUAUGAAGAUGAUGAGGAUAGAGGCAAUGAGUUUCUAUACACUGGCAGUGGAGGCAGGGAUCUAUCUGGUAACAAGCGCACAGCCGAACAGUCUAUGGACCAGAAACUCACCAAGAUGAACAUGGCUCUUGCACGAAACUGUAACGCAUCAUUGGACUCCAAGAAGGGCAACGAAGCCAAGGAUUGGCGUGCUGGCAAGGCAGUCCGCGUCAUCCGCAACUCCAAAGGCCGCAAACACUCCAAAUAUGCACCGGAGGAAGGCAACCGCUACGAUGGCCUGUAUAAGGUUGUGAAGUUCUGGUCGGAGACAGGGAGAAGUGGUUUCUUAGUGUGGAGGUACUUGCUGCGCCGAGAUGACCCACAGGCUGCACCAUGGUCCAAGGAAGGAGUCAAGCGAAUUAAGGGGCUUGGUCUAAAACUCGAGUAUCCUGACGGUUACCUGGAAGCAAUGGCCGCCAAGGAGAAGGAGAAGGAAGCUGCCAAUGGACACACGGAGUCUGAAGACACUGAGGAGGAGGGAGGGAAGAAACGAAAGAGCAAGGGCAAAGGCCGGAAGCGGAAACGAGAUGAAUCUGAGGAUGAGGUCCCAGCCUCAAGCCCCAAGAAGACCAAAGUGGUGAUCCCUGCUGACAUGAAGAAGCGGAUUAAGGAGGACGAAGUCAACAAGAAGGUGUGGGAUGAGAUCGCUAAGGAGAUCAAGACGGGCAAGACAUUCUUGAGUGCCGUGGAGGAGGCCUUUACUUGCAUCUGUUGUCAAGAGGUGGUGUAUCAGCCAAUCACGAUGUCUUGUCAACACAACAUAUGCAAGUCCUGUCUUCAGCGUUCUUUCAAGGCCAGCGUCUACCAGUGUCCGUAUUGCCGUCACGAGCUGGGCAAAGGCUACAGUAUGUCCUACAAUAAGGAGCUACAGGCUAUACUCAAGGAACUCUUCCCUGGCUAUGAGGCAGGUCGCUAGAUCCAAACAAAGAUUCCUUAUAAUUCUUUUUUAAUAAAGCUGCAAACUGUUGCUUGCGGGAUAGGCUGCUGCAGAGUAUUUAGAUUUAAUUUUUGCAAAUGAUGGGCUUAUUAUAUAGUUUAGUGUUUUUCUGGAUGCACAAAUAAAAAACAAAAACAAAGAAAGCACAAA